GGAGGUUUGUGGUGCGCCCAGCAUUUGAAGUUGCCAAGCGCCGAAACCCGCUUGAAGAACCAAUGGACAACGCGCCGUACAACGAAGACGCUCCGGCGCAGCACGCCAACCCGCCGCCACCGGCGGAGGUGCCAGCGCCGUCGAGCGGUGCGCCUGCCCCGCGCGCGGGCCGGAGCAAGAGUCGCAGCGGCAGCCGCGGCCGUGAUCGACGACGCUCCAACUCGCCGCGCAAUCGCAGCCCGCCUCGGCGGCGCAGCCGCAGCCCGUUCCGCGGUAGAAGGCGGUCGAACGAGCGUCCGGACGAUCGCAUGCGUCGCCCACGUGGCCCCGAGCCGCUCAUGUCGUACAAGGCCUUCAUGAUGCAGCAAAACGACGAGUCGUCGCCCGAAGUCUACCAGCAGCGCUACGAGGAAUACAAGAAGAAGUACAUUCAAGGCCUCAUGCGUGUCUUCUUCGACGCGCACAAGUCGGAGGAGUGGCUGCAGGAGCGCUACUCGCCUGCGAUCCGCCACCGCCUCACGCUGCAGAAGAACGCCAAGAAGGCUGCCGACGCCAAGGCGUUCUUUGAACGUCUCGCGACCAUGCAAAUCUCGUUCCACGAAGCCAACAUGGCCAGCGACGCGUCGUUCCAGAACGACGUCGGAGGUGACUGCGGAUUCUGUACAUUCGCCGCAUCCCAUGCUCGUGCCCGUACGCUGCUUUGGCCGAAGCCGUCGUCAACGCGGUAUCAUCCAUCCCAUAUACUCAUCCCUCAGCCAUGUGUGCUCAUGAGGAGAGUGCCACAGGGCGGUCCGAUCCAAGAGCUGCAUUUGUCGGACCCGGCCAAGAAGCGCGAUCUGGACUUUGACCGGUCGGCGUACAUCAUCUACGAGACGGCGGCCGCUGCGCUCGAGGCGAUGCCCAAGCUCCAGAACGUGCUUGUGGAGGACCCGGAGAUGCCGGCGCCGAUCCGGCUCCAAGUGGCGCAGCACCGGUCGCGUGCGCCGAUCAAGACGCCGACGUGCAUGUCGCUGCCGGCGCGCAUCACGUACGACUUUCAACAGGCGCUGCACCUCGCGACGCGCCUGGACGAGAGCGUCUUUGGCGCGAGUUCGGCCCACGGCAUCUCGAGCGUCCUCGACUUUGUCAAGGCUUCGAAGGAGACGGUGUCGGAAGUGGCCCAGCUGGAUAUUGUGAUUGCGUACUUGCGCCGCGUGCACCACUUUAUUUAUUACGCCGGCGUCCAGUGCAUCGACAUGGGGGACAUCCUCCACGCGCACCCAGCGCUCUUUUGCCGCCAAGACGCGACCGAGCGCGACGUUGAGGACAACAACGCGGUCGAGCACAAGACGUUUGCGACGCGCGAGAACAAGGAGCUCGCGGGCUGGGGCGGCUGGUCGGCGGCCUUGGACGAACGCAUCGAGGCCGCGAUCGCCGCGAACGCGAGUGAGAAGCUGUCGAGCCAGAAGGCGGCCGAGGCUGCGCUGGUCGAAGACAUCGAAGCCCGCGAAGAGGCUUCGCUCGAGCCCGUGUACGCGUCGUAUGCGGAGAAGGCCGGCGACGACGGCAAGCACCGGUGCCUCCUCUGCACCAAGCUCUUCAAGACGGUCGACUUUGUGAAGAAGCACAUUCGCAACAAGCACCCCGAGCUCGUCGUCGACAAGAUUGCCAAGGUGGGCGAGAGCUACAUGUGGGAGCAGUACCGCGAAGACCCGGACCGGCCGCUGCCGCCGUACGACACGGUCAACCAGCCGACGCUCGGUCCCAACGCGAUGAUGCGCCGACCGCCCCACGAUUACCGCCAAGGUGGGGGUGGCUACCGAGGCCCGCCGCCGUAUGGCGACCAGUACCGAGGUGGCGGCGGCUACUACCGCGACCGCGGUGGCCGCGGCUUUCAUGGCGGCUACAACGCGCCGCCGCCGCCGUACUACCAGCGUGGUCCGCCGCGCCCGUACAUGCCCCGCGAUGGCCCACCGCCGCGUGACCUGCCGGUGGACCCGCGCCAAGUGAGCACGUCGUACCAGGACCUCGACCAGCUCAAGGACAAGAAGGUCGAGUUGGACUUUGACGCGGCGCUCACGUCGCUGCCUCCGCCCAAGAAGAAGCAAAAGCAAGACGAGUAG